AUGCGGGCCGGUCUCCUCCUGCAGCGGGCCUCCCGGUUGCGACGCCAGCAGCAGCAGCAGCAGCGGCUACAGAUCCUGGCAACCUACCCAGAGCCAGAAACGGAGAAGGAGCGAUCGCCCAUCGACUAUCCCCAGGAGUGGAUCACGCCGCAGCCCAGCCGGCGCCCCGACAUCUUCCCAGAGUUUGAGAAGCUGCAGACGCCGCUGCCCAAGCCGAUGCCGGGCGACCCCGAGAUGCCGGAUGAGGAGGAGGAGGAGGAGAAGGAGAAGAAGCCGGACAAGGAGGACCCCGAUGAGGACCGGCCCAAGCCUGACGAGCCGGCACCCAGCGAAGAGUAA